CAUGCCCGUGUGUGGCCAUGUCCUACCCGCAGGGCUACUUGUACCAGCCGUCCGCCUCGCUGGCCCUCUACUCGUGCCCGGCGUACAGCACCAGCGUCAUCUCGGGGCCCCGCACGGAUGAGCUCGGCCGCUCGUCCUCGGGCUCUGCGUUCUCUCCCUACGCCGGCUCCACUGCCUUCACGGCGCCCUCACCGGGCUACAACUCGCACCUCCAGUACGGCGCCGACCCCGCGGCAGCAGCCGCCGCCGCCUUCUCCUCUUAUGUGGGCUCUCCCUAUGACCACACACCUGGCAUGGCGGGCUCCUUGGGGUACCACCCGUAUGCGGCGCCCCUGGGGUCAUACCCGUACGGGGACCCUGCGUACAGGAAGAACGCCACCAGGGACGCCACGGCCACGCUCAAGGCCUGGCUCAACGAACACCGCAAGAACCCCUACCCCACCAAGGGCGAGAAGAUCAUGCUGGCCAUCAUCACCAAGAUGACCCUCACCCAGGUGUCCACCUGGUUCGCCAACGCUCGCCGGCGCCUCAAGAAGGAGAACAAGAUGACGUGGACACCGCGGAACCGCAGCGAGGAUGAGGAGGAAGAGGAGAACAUUGACCUAGAGAAGAAUGACGAGGACGAGCCCCAGAAGCCCGAGGACAGGGGCGACCCCGAGGGCCCCGAAGCAGGCGGAGCAGAGCAGAAGGGGGCUUCGGGCUGUGAAAGGCUGCAAGGGCCGCCCACCCCCGCCGGCAAGGAUACUGAAGGCAGCCUCAGCGACUCGGAUUUUAAGGAGCCUCCCUCGGAGGGCCGUCACGACGCGCUACCCGGCGCACCUUCGCGCUCGCCCUCGGCGCAGUGUCCUUUCCCUGGCGGAACGGUGCUGUCCCGACCCCUCUACUACACUGCACCCUUUUAUCCCGGCUACACGAACUAUGGAUCCUUCGGACACCUCCAUGGCCACCCCGGCCCCGGGCCAGGCCCCACUACCGGGCCGGGCUCUCAUUUCAAUGGAUUAAACCAGACCGUGUUGAAUCGAGCGGACGCUUUGGCUAAAGACCCGAAAAUGUUGCGGAGCCAGUCUCAGCUAGACCUCUGCAAAGACUCUCCUUAUGAAUUGAAGAAAGGUAUGUCCGACAUUUAACGCGGGAUGCGUCGUCCCGGACUUUCCUAAUUUAUUAAAAACAUGGCCUUGGCAGUUAUUUUUCCAUCACCGAGAGAGAGAGAGAGAGAGAGAGAGAGAGAGAGAGAGAGAGAGAGAGA